GAGCAAAGUGGAAAUAUGGGGAAACAGACAGUCACGGUUAUGGUCCACCUGACUGGGGAAAAGUUUCAAAAUACUGCGACUUCACCGCCCAGUCCCCCAUAGAUAUCGAAACUGCUUCGAUUAAGAAAGAUGCAAAUCUCAAGGAACUUCGAUUCACAGCCGAUAACGAAAAUGGAAAGGUCAGCGGAGUUAUAAAAAACAAUGGUCAUGCACCAACCCUAGCUAUUAACAAGCUCAAAGGCAAGGCUAGUCUCACCGGGGGUCCCCUUGGAGAUAGCGUGUAUAUGCUCCAGCAGUUCCACUUUCAUUUUGGUUGCGACGAAAGUGAGGGAUCAGAACACCUUGUGAACGGAAAGGCAUAUCCUGGAGAGCUCCAUUUGGUGACUUAUAAUACGAAGUAUUCUGAUUUUGAUACCGCUGCGUCCCGAUCCGAUGGACUGGCUGUGAUUGGCGUUUUCUUUGAGAAAAAGAAAAAAGGAGAAAAAGGGCAAGGAAAGAAGCAGUAUAAAGCCGUCCGAAAGCUUCACUCAGCUUUGAGAAAACUAGAGAACGUUGGUGACGAAACUUCAGUCAAAAAUAUAAAGCUGUUUGACUUGGUUCCUGAACUGACAGAUCUCUCGUCCUUCUACUCCUACAAGGGUUCCCUUACCACCCCUCCCUGCUAUCAAUCAGUUAGCUGGAUUGUACUGAAAGAACCGAUUAAAUUCCAUAAAUCUGCGUUCGGUGCUAUGAGGAAACUGAAAAAUGGAGUGGGAGGCCUGAUGUGUGGAAACUUCAGACCCCCUCAGACACUCAACGGCCGUGUUGUUUCUGAAUUCGAUCGCUAAGCCCGAGAAUCAACUCGCAACUGCUUAGCACCACAGUAGCUGAUUUAGAAACUCUGAGCUACAUUUAUAUCAUAGCUUUAUUAUUUAGGGUUUGAGUGACGUAUUCCGAGGGUUUACUUUUGUUUUGUAAGGAUGGAGAGUGACAAUUAAAUAAACUGCUUAUCGGGCGUGUUUGACUAUCACUAUUAAUUCAAAAAGAACGAGUCAAAUUUCCACAAAAAUGACGAUAGAAUACUUUGCUCUUGAUAAAAAAAAGACCAUUUAACAAAAAUCUUCCAUUGAAUGGGGUAAUCCUACAAUAAGGUACCACAUUCCAGAGACAUCUCCUGAUGACGACGAAAAGAAACGAACGAAGCGUUUUGUGUUAUUUUUGGUUUUGUCAAAUAGGUUGAUAAAGUAGAUAGGCCACCGUAAAG